AUGAUGGCGGAAGCGCGACAGUGGGUAGGGCAGGACGUUGGUGUGGGCGUGGGCGUGGGCGGGGUCGUGGGGACGCGGUCGGACUGGCGGGGCGACGCACCAGGGCGGGUGGCAGGGUUUGGAGCGGGCGGGCGGGUGAGGGCUUGCCAGCUCGCGGCAGUGCGCUGUCGCAGCAGUUGGCGCUACCCUAACAUGGCGCAGCGUCUCCACGCACAGGUGGAGGAGGAGGAGGCCCCUCGGGUCCCUCGAAUGCCAAGGGACGCCCUCACGUCUUGGAAAAUGAACGGCGCGCGUGUUGCACGGAUUACACGCGAGCGAUUGUGCGUGGACUGGUUGCACGGAUUUGUUCUUGCGUUUGUCUUUGUACUGUUGCUUCUCGGGUUGUGUAUCAAUUACGCCACCCGUUUAGGAAGUAUGGUGGACAAGAUCGCUUGGGAAUCUCUUCCCAACUAUGUCUCCAUUACGGUAACGAACGGGGUGCAUCUGGCCAAAGAGGGCAAUGGAUCCCUGGUGGCUGUGCACAAAAUUGAUUUAAUUGGGCCAUACCAUGAAACAACAAGACCCCUGGUACACGACCCCAAGCGAGACAUUCUGUACAUCAGUGGCAUUAUCCAGUCAAAUGCAACUGUCAUAUAUAGAGUUAACCUAUCUACUGGGUACCAAGAGAAACUUGUCAUUACUGAUACAAAUGUUCCUGCAAAAAUGGAAGGAAAGAUUCUUGGAAUAGAACAUGAUUAUAUUAAAAAUACUUUGUUUUGGAGUAAUGGUCAGGGUGGAAAAAUAUUAAAAGUAGAACUUAAUGACAGCAGCAUGCAGCAAGUUGUUUUACAUGACAGUGACAUCUCUAAGUUAAUCACAAGUGGGCUGGCUUUGGAUCAAUGCAGUCAAAUUUUGUUUUGGACAUCCUACAUAGUACGUGAUGGAGUUGGUUACAUUGAGUCAUCUAAUCUUGAUGGAAGUAAUAGAAUAAAGCUGCACCAAAACAAUUUGCACAAUCCAACUGAUCUGACUAUUGACCAGGCAGCAAGGAAACUAUACUGGUGUGACAUGAAAGCAGGUUCUUUAUACACAAUUGAAAGAAGUAAUCUGGAUGGAUCUUCCAGAGAAGAGCUUAUUGCCGGUAGUGGGGUGCAGCCAACAUCAAUUGCACUCACUGCAAAAUUCAUAUAUUGGAUUAAUAUUGAAUCGGAAAAAUUUGAACGGAUGGAAAAAGACACAAAAGCGAAACAACAAGAAACUAUUUUCAACUAUGAAGCUGACAGACCCAGAAGUAUUGGGUCACACAAGAGCAUUCAAAAAUGUGCCUCUGAUGACACAGUGGUUGAGAUAAAGCCAUAUCCUCCUGGUUCAGCCAGUAGUGCACAAGGAAAAACUUCCAGCGAACAAGAUGCUGAAAGAAACAUGUAUGAAGUUGAUCCGAGUGCUGGGGUAUGCCUCAAUGGUGGUCGUCCAGUAGCCAGUGACUCAAAUGUAUUAAACACAGAUGAAUUGCAUGCUAAAUUAAAUCAGAAUGUUAAAUGUAAAUGUCCUCAAAAUUUUUAUGGUCAGUUUUGUGAAAAAUGUGAUCAUUGUGUGAAUGGAAAGUGUAGAAUUGGUUCAAAUAGUUCCAUACAAUGCAGCUGCGAUAAUGGAUACAAUGGGUCCCGAUGUGAGCAUGAUGUUUGCUUUAAUUAUUGUCUGAAUGGAGGUUCUUGUAAUGUGGAAAACCAGUCAGAACCAACAUGCAACUGUAGAACUGCAGAAGGCAAUUUUCAAGGAUCACGGUGUGAAAUUGACUGCAAUCUGUUUUGCCAGAACAACCCAAGUUCUGGCAUUUAUGAUGCAGGAAAACCUGUGUGUUCAUGUGGAGGGAAAAAUGGAUUGUAUGUUGCUAAUAUGGAAAAUGCCACUGUAAGCCAACUUUCUGAUGAAAAAGACAGUAGUACUGAAAUGCAGUUGCGCUUUACAUUGAUGGCUGUUGGUGGACUGUGUGUAAUAUUCUUAAUUGUUAUUGUAUGCCUCAUCACAAGUGUGAUAAGGCUAAGAAGGCGGCCCCGAAUAAAGAAGAGAAUUAUUGUAAGCAAAAACGUUACACCAACACCAUUAACAUGUCGCCCAUCUCCUGUGGGUGAACAGUGUGAAAUUACUAUAGAAAAUUGCUGCAAUAUGAACAUCUGUGAAACGCCAUGUUAUGAACCUCAACUUCGAACAAGUGAUAAAUCAGUAUCAAAGACUGAAGAAAAGAAGAAUCUCUUAGGAAACAUGGAGGAGGGCGAGAGUGGAACUCCGUCUCAAGAUACUUUAUACUAAAAACAUUUUCUCCAAUUUCAUUCUCGUGGACAUUUCAUUCUUUCAACGUGAUCUCUCGUUUCAUCUGGGUCCAUUAAACCCUUCAUCAGAAGUACUUUUAUACGAGAGAAACUGGUACUGACUGCAGAUGAUAUCAUCAUUUCAUAUUUGUUGAUCAUUUUCAAAGAUGAACAAAUAUUGUUACUUGUGUUCAAUAUUAUGCUUCCAAAGGAAGUUUGAAGGUUGUGUUUUUCGGACUUCUGUUGUUCUAAUGCAAGUGACUAGAAGUCCAGAGUAGGAAAGGGUUUUUUUAUUUCUGCUAGUUAGGGCUUUGAAACAUCACAAUUGCAGAAAAAAUUAUAAUAUGAAUAAGAAUUAUACAUUCUUUGAUGUCUCAUAUUUAUAGUAAAGAAAUCGCACACAAUAUUUCAAUUUUAGAAGCUUUUAUUGUGCCUUAGUAAAAGAAAUACAGAUGUAUAUGGUCUGAGGUACUCUGAUUUGCAGCAUGUAGUAGGAAUAUUAAAGAUUCAUGAACUCUGGGCUUCUAGAAAUUGUUUCAAGUUGGUAAGCUUGACAGAGGUUACAGAAGUGUGAAGGACAGUCAUGACUUAAUGGACAUGACUUCUAGGGUUAAUUUAAUGUACAAAGGUGCUAUGAUGUGGCUAGUGUGGAGAAAAUCCUUUUAUUUAAAUAAACGAACAUUGUGAGCUUCGCAAGAACAUGAAUGUGUAAGUGAAGUUUGUUCGUAUGAUUUUUAUGAAGUAUGUAUGUGAUUAAAUCAGAAAGGCUGCUGUCAAAGAAUGAUAUUCCAAAAUAUCAUAUAUUUCCAUGGAUGGUGCAGAUCAGUGGUUCUCAAACUGUGAUAAAGAAUUUCUUCAUUGUUAUCCGAAUAUUAUUGAACAAAGUGCUAUGCAUUAUUUAACUGCAAUAAUUUCUAUCAAUUGCUGUACUGUUUGAUAAUAUUGCUACUUAAUUUUGUAUGAUGAAUACCUCGGAUAAUGUUGCAUAGUAACUUGCAAAAAUUGUGAAUGCUGGCCAAUGUUCUUAUGUUUGAGGAACACUGAAAACUUAAAUGAAGCUUAUAUCCAUAAAAUUAUAUCUUAUAAGUACAUAGAAGACAUUUGUUGUACAAACAUAGACUAGGGGUGAAGAACCCACAUUUGUCAUGCAGCUUAUUUCCAUGUACUUAGUGUCAUGCUUUGAUGGAAAAAAAUAUAUUUUUAGUGAAAAGUGUGUGUUGAGUGAUUCUGUAAAUUAAAAGAGUUUUGAAUGAUUGUGUGAUAGUAUUGUCCUAAUGCGUGUUAGCACAAGGAGUUUUGCACUGAGGGCAAUGUACAAUGCAAAAUAUGAACAAUGUUAAUAAAAAGUUCAUAAUUGUUGUUUCCUGAAAGUUUGUUUUAUUUGAAUAUGAAAGAAGGCACUUCUGGUUCUUGUUAAACUUGUAGCUCUUUUUCAUACAAUAUAUCUUACUUUACAGAGAACAUGUUUACAGACUAUUAAAACAAAAGCUGCAAAAUUUAGCUCUUAGAAGAACCACCCUUAUAUUUAUAAUACUUGUUCCCUCCUCCCAGAGAGAUCCACCUCCCCUUCCCGAGUUAAAUAAGAGUUAUGUUAAUAAAAAAUUGGUGUUUCAAAU